CAAUCUGACUCAAAACACUGGCCUUUUGAAAUUGUUAAAAACAAUGGAAAACCAAAAAUCAAAGUGGAGUAUAAAAGUGAAACUAAAUAUUAUGCUCCUGAAGAAAUUUCGUCAAUGGUGCUAACAAAAAUGAAAGAAGUUGCCGAAGCAUAUCUUGGAACAACUGUCACCAACGCCGUCGUUACUGUGCCAGCUCACUUUUCAAAUGCUCAAAGAUUAGCAACUAAAAAUGCCUGUGUUGACUCGGGAUUAAAUUUAAUGGGCAUGAUCAACGAACCGACGGCUGCUGCUCUUGCCUAUGGUUUAGAAAAAAUUCAAAACAAAAAAAAUGUUCUUGUUUUUGAUUUGGGAGGAGGUACUUUUGACGUCACUAUCCUCACUAUUGAAAACAGCCGUUUCACAGUGUUGUCUACAUCGGGCAACACUCACUUGGGCGGCAAAGACUUUGACAAUCGUCUUGUAACUUAUCUCGUGGAAGAAUUUAAUCGUAAACAUGGAAAAAAUUUGUCUGUAGAAAAAAACAAAAGAGCUUUGUGUCUUUUGCAAACUGCCGCUGAACGGGCAAAACGAACAUUAUCUAAAGCCUCACAAACUACAAUUGUGGUGGCACCGCUUUUUGAAGGAAUUGAUUUUAAAAUUUCUAUUACGCGAGCUCGUUUUGAAGAACUUUGUUCUGAUCUUUUCCGUUCAACACUUGAACCGGUAAACAAAGCAUUAAAAGAUGCUAGUUUAAACAAAAGUGAAAUAGACGUUAAAUUUACUAAAUGUCAUGUUACUGCUAAAGAUAACCAAACAGAAGCUAAUUUUUCUGUUUAUGAAGGAGAAGAAGUUUUAGCUGUAAAAAAUAAUUUUUUAGGAAAAUUUGUGGUUUCAGGCAUACCACCAGCUCCAGCUGGAAAAGAAGAGUUUGAUGUCACUUUUGACAUAGACAAAAAUGGCAUUCUUAACGUUACUGCA